AUGAUUUUGAACACCUACCGAGGUUUUACCAAUAAUACGGAAGCACAAUAUGCCCCGUUAGACAAAGACUGCGGCGAGGAAGAUGGCAUAGAACUUGCGACACUCGAUCGACAUGAUCAUACAUGGACCACCAAACAGGUGAUCAAAAUCUUCACAGUUACUCACCUUAUCGUCUUUUCAAUGGCCGCUGGUUUCUGGUUUUUGUGGCGCGAGCAGCCAAUCAACAAAUCAUUGAAAGAUAUUUCAUUCUACUCUCCGCUCUUAGACCGCAUAGACAUUCCUUAUGUUCUCCGAUUUGAUCAGCCACAGACGAUCAAGGGUGGCAACGGCGACAUGACCUGGGGCUCUCAGCCGAAUCCUGAAAUUGACAAGAUGUGGGAGGGAAUUACGACGGAGGCUACCAUCCCAGUGACCGCCGCAGAGAUAAUUUCCAUGAGGAAGGAUCCUUCAGUGGCCGUGAUGCUGCCCAAAGAGUACCACAUCGAUAACGAACAGACCUAUCUUGCGCACGCACUUGUUUUCCACAGGCUUCAUUGUCUUGACUACAUCCGGAAAGCAUUGUACAAAGAUUACUACUACCCAAACGGCACAGAACAACUUCCGAUGCAUGGACAUCACAUUGCGCACUGCUUGGCAAUGAUUUUAGACCAUAUCACCUGCGCAGGAGACCCUGGGCUUUAUAUAUACCAAUGGUAUGAGCACACGGAGAUACCUCUGCCUGAUGCCAAUACCUGGGGCAAAUGCUGGGAUUUCGGUGCAUUCCGCAACAAUUUCGACAAAAUAGCAUUGAAAAACUUCAGUCCUUUUGAUCUACGAAAGCCGGAUGGAGUGAAGUCUGUCACGGAGCAGAAUAAUUUGCAAGAAAUCAUUUAUCAGACGCGAAAUCCGAAGCCCAAUCCUCACUUAUGA